UGACGUUCAGCUGUCCCACAAUGCAACGGGUCAUGUUAAUGAAAAAUGGCGGAGGGAGGAGCGGCUGAUCUGGAUACACAGCGAGGAGAGGUCGCGGCACUAUUGAAAACGCCGCUGAGGAAGGGAGACACUUGGUACUUGGUCGACAGCCGCUGGUUCAAGCAGUGGAAGAAAUAUGUGGGCUUUGAUAGCUGGGACAAAUACCAAAUGGGCGACCAGAACGUCUACCCGGGGCCGGUGGACAACUCUGGACUCCUCAAAGAUGGGGACGUGCUGGCCCUGAAGGAGCACCUCAUCGAUGAGCUCGACUACAUCCUGGUCCCCACUGAGGGCUGGAACAAACUGGUCAGCUGGUACGGCCUCCUGGACAGCCAGGAGCCAAUCGCGCGCAAGGUGGUUGAACAGGGCAUGUUCGUGAAGCACUGCAAGGUGGAGGUGUACCUCACAGAACUGAAGCUGUGUGAGGACAGCAACAUGGACAACGUGGUGACCAGGCGGUUCAGCAAGGCGGACACGAUAGACACCAUCGAGAAGGAGAUGCGGAAACUGUUCAGCAUCCCGGACGAGAAGGAGACGCGGCUGUGGAACAAGUACAUGACCAACACCUUCGAGCCCCUCACCAAACCCGACAGCACCAUCCAGGACGCGGGCCUCUACCAGGGACAGACGACAACUAGCCAGGAAGCCGAUGUCUGUAACCUCCAGCACACGGUUCUUGUAAUAGAGCAAAAAAAUGAGGAUGGGACCUGGCCCAGAGGCUCUUCAGCACCCAAGUCCUCUGCCGUGUCCAAUCUCUCGGCUUUGCCCAAGAUCUCCCCCUCCACCCUCUCUAACAGUUACAGUAGCUUCAACAGCAGGAAUGUGAAGAACUCCAACUACUGCCUGCCGGCCUACCCGCCCUAUAACAGCUACGAGUACCCCGAGCAGAGCCGCUACAGCGAGAGGCCCGGCCUGUGUGGCCUCUGCAACCUGGGGAACACCUGCUUCAUGAACUCUGCUGUGCAGUGUUUGAACAACAUCCCCCCGCUCACCGACUACUUCCUGCGAGACAAGUACCAGGACGAGCUGAACAUGGACAACCCGCUGGGCAUGCGCGGGGAGAUCGCCAAGGCGUACGCCGAGCUCGCCAAGCAGGUGUGGUCGGGGAAAUACAGCUACGUCACGCCGAGGCCUUUCAAGACGCAGGUGGGCCGCUUCGCCCCUCAGUUCUCGGGGUACCAGCAGCAGGACUCCCACGAGCUGCUGGCGUUCCUGCUGGACGGCCUCCACGAGGACCUCAACCGCAUCAGGAAGAAGCCCUACAUCCAGCUCAAAGACGCCGAGGGCCGGCCCGACAAGGUCGUGGCGGAGGAGGCUUGGGAGAACCACAUAAAGAGGAACGACUCCAUCAUCGUGGACAUCUUCCACGGCCUCUUCAAGUCCACCCUGGUGUGCCCUGUCUGCUCCAAGGUCUCUGUGACCUUCGACCCCUUCUGCUACCUGACUCUGCCCUUGCCCAUGAAGAAGGAACGCACCCUGGAGGUGUACCUGGUGCGGCUGGACCCCAUGGCCAAACCCACGCAGUACAAACUGACCGUCCCCAAGGUGGGCUACAUCGCUGACCUCUGUACCUCUCUCUCCGCUCUCUCGGGGGUACCUGCUGACAAGAUGAUCGUAACGGACAUCUACAACCAUCGGUUUCAUCGGAUAUUCGCCACAAACGAGAACCUGAGCAGUAUCAUGGAGAGGGACGAUAUUUACGUGUUCGAGGUGGCGGUGAGCAGGACGGAGGACGGGGACCACGUGGUGAUCCCGGUGCACCUGCGGGAGAAGUACAAGCAGUCGGGCUACAACCACACCAGCACCCCGCUCUUCAGCCUGCCCUUCCUCAUCACCGUGCCCCGCUGCCUCAGCGAGGAGAAGUUCUACAACCUGCUGCUCCUGCGCAUGUGCCGGUUCCUGCGCGCCAGCCCCGAGGAGGAAGAGGAGGAGGAGGAGGAGGAAGAGGAGUCGACGCCCCUCCCGAAGGAGCACGGCAUCAACGGCAACGUGGCCAACGGCGUCCUGGAGGAGGGGGGGUCCCCCAGCGAGAUGGAGACUGACGAGCAGGACGAGGAGUCCAGCCAGGACCAGGAGCUGCCCUCGGAGAACGACAACAGCCAGUCGGAGGAGUCGGUGGGCGGCGACAACGACCUGGAGAACGGCAUGGGCCCCGAGCGGACCACCAAGGGCCGGCGGUCGCCGGCCGGCCAGAAGAAGCGGCUGUUCACAUUCCAGUUCAACAACAUGGGCAAGCCCGACUUCAGCUACUGCAAGGACCAGCCGCGGCAGAUCCGCUUCGACGAGGGCCACCUGCGGCUGAGCGACAGGUCCUAUCUCUCCUUGGACUGGGAGCCGGAGAUGAAGAAGAAGUACUUUGACGAAAGCGUGGCGGAGGACUUUGAGAAGCACGAGAGCAUGGAGUAUAAGCCCCAGAAGAAGGCCUUCUUCAAGCUGAAGGACUGCAUCGAGCUCUUCACCACCAAGGAGAAGCUGGGAGCCGAGGACCCAUGGUACUGCCCGAACUGCAAGCAGCACCAGCAGGCCACCAAGAAGCUGGACCUGUGGUCCCUGCCGCCCGUGCUGGUGGUGCACCUCAAGCGCUUCUCCUACAGCCGCUACAUGAGGGACAAACUGGACUCCCUGGUGGACUUCCCCCUCAGUGAUCUGGACAUGUCGGAGUUCCUGAUCAACCCCAACGCCGGCCCCUGUACGUACGACCUGAUCGCCGUGUCCAACCACUACGGCGGGAUGGGAGGAGGACACUACACGGCGUUUGCCAAGUGUAAAGACGAGGACAAGUGGUACUACUUCGACGACAGCAGUGUGUCGCCCGCAAACGAGGAUCAGAUUGUGUGGGAGGAAACCGGAGUACCCGGAGGAAACCCACGCAGACACGGGGAGAACAUGCAAACUCCGCACAGAGAGGCCCCGGCCGACGGGGAUUCGAACCCAGGACCUCCUUGCUGUGAGGCGGCAGUGCUACCCACUGCACCAUCCGUGCCGCCUUGUGUUUAAUUUCAGUUCAGUCAACUGAAAUUCAGCUCUCAAAAUAUGAGAGAGGCCGAUUCAAUAUACGAUGAAUUUCUUUUGUUUUUAAAUCAGUCGAAUUUCAGUUAAUUUCUGGAAAUGACCCAUGAGGAGGUGUGUGUUACAGGCUGGGUGGCCUGCAGUGACCAUUUAGACCUUUCAGGCUGAGGAGAAAAGUGUGUCAUUCUCACUAAUGUCCUUGUUUUCUGAGAAAUGUGCCCUUUCCAGUUUGUGCUACGGUGUAAAUGGACAUUCCCGGAUGUCCUAGCUAUAAAUCUCUGAUCUGCAGAUUUACUUGCUACUUACAUUUUGCUGCACUUUGUCACAAAGAUAAGCUUUGGAGGUGAAUCAGGGAUGGCUGAGACUAGUUGUUAGAAGCCAAUUUUAGAGGGUUUUAGCUUCAAAAGUCUUGUUCUUGUUUAUCUUGCAAGCUCAGUAUCUGAGCGUUGAGAUGUUGAAGGCGUAAUGUUGUAUUGCAGACGGUGGAGUUUCAUUAGCACAACUCGAACACAAUGUCCCACAAUCCCCUGUGUCUCAGAAUCCCCAAUACACAUUGUAUGUGUACAACCGUCUCACAGGCUGAGACAACAUACUGCAUGCUGGGAUAUGAAGUCCAACUGAAAGUAUAUUCUCACCCCAUUGAAAGUGUAUUAUCAUCUGUAUUGCAGAGGACUUCCAGGCGUUUUCAGUUUGGAGCUGGUUGGGUUUUAUACUGUGUGUGUGUGUGAGUAACUGGUCCCUCUCUGCCCGUGUCUGUGUGUCUGUGUGUCUGUGUGUCUGUGUGU